ACAAUCACUAAUGGCUCCUGAAUUGGAAGAUUUCGACCUCACAGGACUGAAACAGCUCGCUGUUGUUGACUGGAGAAAUAAUCAUCACUGCCGGGCAGUUGCUGCCAGCCUGGUUCAGGGAGCAUACAUUUCAGAACGUAAUCGCCAGAAAUCCCAAGAUCCCCAAGUUCAGCGUCCCCGUUGGUGGUCCUCCUUUCAUUUUGAGGUAAAACGUGUGCUCAUAGAUGAUAAAGAUUCAUCCAUCUACGGUGUCGUUUAUGAAUUCAAGCACACAAACCCCAACAAUUUGCCAGAAUGCGCCCCAAAGUGUGUGAUUGCCUUUCGUGGAACAAUCCUCAAAUCUAGCUCCGCAAAACAGGAUAUGAAGUUGAAUAUCAAGCUCUUGACUGCUGAACUUCGCAAGGACAACUCUCGCUUUAAACCCGCGCUGGACGCUGUCAAAGAAGUUGUUAAAGAAGCUGAGCCUGCAAAUAUUUGGUUAGCAGGACAUUCCCUGGGGUCGGCCAUUGCAAUGCUGGUUGGAAAAUCCAUGGCCCAGGAGGAGGGUAAGUAUCUCAAAACUUUCCUUUUCAAUCCGCCUUUCUUGAGGUCUUCCCUCUCAAAGAAUAUCAACAGUCCACGUUUGGAGAAUGUAAUCUGCUCAACAAAGAAUGUUAUCAAAGCUGGGAUCUCUUUUGUUGGGGGUGAUCAUUUUUGGGAGAAACGACAUCACCAAUUUAAUAAAUUGUCUCCUUGGAUCCCCAACCUGUUUGUGAACCAAGACGAUCCUAUUUGCUCAGGGUAUAUAGACCAUUUUAGAAAUAGGAAGAUCGAAGAUGAGAUACGUUCAAUAAAGAGUGCAAUAAAAGCUGCAUUUGUGAAGGAUCCACAACUACCCAUAUAUCUACUUCCUAAGGCAUAUCUAACUAUUAGCAAGAACUCAUCCUCACCCAAUAUUUGUAAAAUUCGUGAAGCUCAUGGACUACAACAAUGGUGGUACCAAAUGUCUAUAGGGCCAGGCUUUGCAGAUUCAUCAACAAAGGUAUUGAUAGAUGAUGCCAUCCCCGUGGGUGAACCCUAAGCACACUCCAAGUAUUGAUGGAUUAAUCGGGUACUUCAACGAUAUAAUCCAUAAAGUAACAGAUGCCAAGUGAAAGGGUGCAACCUUUUACCUAGUCUAUUCAAGCUGUUGAAAUCUUUGAUUUUAUUGUCUCAUGCAAAAAUUUAGUUCUGCUCAUGGUAUGUGAACUAAUAAUUAGUGCAAUUUCAAACUUUUACUUUCUUGCAAUUGUGUUACCCUUGGGUUUAGGCAUAUAUACAUGUUGGAAAA